AUGGAACGGCCCAACUCACGACUGCACUGUCAUCCGGAAACACAUACCUACAAAUGCACAGUGCAACCAUAUUUUCCCCUACAUACACAUGCAACUACGGUUUAUGGCAAUGUAACAAAACAUCGGCCGAGUCUGGGAACAUUGCAAGCAGGUGAUACUCUUCAUGCAAGGCGAUUUCUCAGCGAUAAGCGACGGAGUUACCGGAAUCGAAGUCUUGGUCCAACAAUUGCAUCUGCUCCGUCUGUGGAGCAAGAAGACUACCGAACACCCAGGCCUUCAUUUGAUAGCAACGGUUAUGUCGGAAAGAGUUUUGACUUUAGCAGUGCACAACAUGGGCUUACUGCAAGUGAAUCAAAUGCUCUCGUGAAGGUGUCAGCUGACUUUCUUAGGUUAAACGGAAGCCGUCAACAGUUCAAAAACCUUCUAUCAGCUCGAAAAAAGCUGGGAUCCCUUCCGCCUGCUUACACAAGAAUUGACUAUAGCAGGGAGUCGUUGGACUCGCAUUCUGCGCGAGGGAUUCCUAAUCACCAUGGGCCGGUGAUAACAGUGGAGGAUACAGGAUCUCAACUUAGGAUUAACAAUAUCAAGCCCAGUGUGAAUCAACACCUCCUCGAAUCGUCAUGUUCGUUUGAAAAAACAAUGGUGACACAAUGCGAAAGCAAUGGGUCAGUGACGUCACACAAUACGAGUUCUGCAUUUCAAAGAAACAACAGCAGAUAUGGAGUUCCAAUUGACAGUACUGCUGUCAAACAAGUUUAUCGGGUACGAUCGGAACGUCUGACGAAUCGAGUUCGAAUAACGGAUAGGUCACUUUAUCUUGCACUGUUCGGUGUGAUCCUUAUGCUGGUAGAGUCUGAAAUAACCGCGGAAAAAUUUUACGGCGUUUCAAAAACUCAUUGGAUUUCGCAAUCCCUUAGAGUGGGAGUCACGUGCUCAACAAUUGCAUUGCUCUACCAUAUCAUUCUCUACCAUCUCAACGAUAUUGUGCUUGAGUUAGUGGACUGUGGCGCUGAUGAUUGGAGAGUAGUGGUAACGACAGAGCGAGUGAUCCAAUUUUGCAUCGAGUUCAUUUGCUGUGGAAUUUGCCCACUGCCAGGAAGCGGAGAAAUGAAGUGGACUUUCAUUGAGCCCUCUCUUCACAAAGACGGCCCAUCAGAAGAACGAACUGUACAAACAAGGAACGUUGACGUGCCCGUUGAUGUUAUUUUGUCAUGUUUCAUGCUUUGCCGCUCUUAUUUAUUCGCGAGGUUCAUGGUUCUACAUAGUAAACAAUUCCAGGAUGCAUCGACAAGAACACUGGCUGCCCUGAAUCGAAUUCAAGUCAACUUCUCUUUUGUUAUAAAAACAUCACUCGACCAGCAACCAGUACUAUUCCUCACCACGUUUACUUUCAUUUUUUGGAUAAUAAUGUCUUGGAUGUUCGUACAAUGUGAACGUUACGGGUUUUCCGGGAAGAACCCGCAAUCAAUUUUGUACUCGAAUUCUCUGUGGUUCAUUGCUAUCACCUUCAUGUUAAAUGGUUAUGGAGAUAUUGUGCCACAGACAAAUGCGGGGAGAUUUAUUGCAAUCUUUGUUGGAGUUGUGGGAGCCGUAAUUUCUUCGAUCUUAAUUGCGGUUAUAUCCAGGAACAUUCUUCUUUCUCAAGGACAAAGAAACGUGAAUAACUUUAUGUACGACAGCAAAUUAGCCAGAGAGCACAAGGAAGCAGCCGCGCGAGUUCUACAACACACAUGGCACAUUCAUAAAUGUCUACAAGGGAGUGACGGUGGAAAUCGACGGCUGCGAACUUAUCAGAGGAAGUUUCUGAAAGCAAUUCACAAAUUCCGUUCUGUAAAAAGUGAGAUGCGAGAAUUUUCCGAGAACAACAGUCAAAACAACCCUCAAAUGACCCGGCUUGUAACUGAUAUGCACACUUCAAUGCAAAGAUUGCUGAAUGUGCAAGAUGAAAUGAGGAUGCAAAUUGAGGUAUUACAACAAAGUGUACGAAAUCACUACAUGCAUUCAACCCCAAAUGUUCCACAUCUUCAAGGUCUAACUUCUUCUCCGGUACCAUCUGAUCGUUACGACAAUCGGUUCUAAAGCAGUGUCUUUUUUGUGUUUUUUUUCUCACAAGUACUAUUAUUUUUCCUUCUAAUCCGACAAUCGAUCACAGUUCUCAUCUCAAGUUGUGUAUUUAUUUUUCUAACGACAACCCCCGAUUACAACAAAAAAUUUCGUGUAUUUGAAUUUUAUUGACAAUUGAAUUUCAAAAAAAUUAUAUAAAUAAAUAUUCAAUAA